CAACGAGCCGCUGUGUCCCACGGGGGUUUUUUUUGAUUGGAUUUUCUCGGUAGUUGUGUUCAUCACGGAGCGAGCUGGAACUAAACCCUUUCGUUUCUGCUUCCAGUUGUCCGUUUUUUCUGAGUUUUUUUGGAUUUGUUUAACAGCAAUUGGGAGGCCUUCUCCGGCUUACCUUGACAGGCGCAGACGCACUUCUUUUUUUAACCUUCUGAGCUUCUCGAGGAAGCCAAGCUCUAAGAGUGUUUUUGCAAUUAUUAAGAGGACGUUCUCGUCGGUUUGUUUUUUCCUUUUCUUCCCUGCGUGUCUUUUGCGGGUGUGGUAGCCCUUCUGCGAUGAGCUCGUUGCAUUUUUCCAUCUCCUGUGAUUCACCCAGCAAAUCGUUCGCACCCAGCGAAUCGUUAUUCAGUGAAACAGUGAAGCUCAAGUGAGUAGAAACCCAAAAGAUCUCGCUUCUAGUCCGUGGAAAUAGGGUAACGGUAUAAGUUUGCGACAGGAUGUCCAAAAAGUUGGUUCACAACCCAAACUUCAAGCGCCCAAAGCGGCUCGAGGGCGUGAAAAAGGGCGACUCGGCGAAGGGGACCACAGUCCGGGAUGAGGGCAGCGUCUCAGAUGUGGAAGACGUUGUGGAGCAAGAGCCCGCCCUUGUGCUCUCUCCGCCAAAACUGCACUUGGUACGAAAAGGAAAUUAUAGAGGAUAUGAUUGAUUGCAGUCGUGGUACCUUUUUUUCUAGCCUCGGCUACGAAUUUCAACUUUUUCAGCAACUGCGUUCUUGUGCAUGUGCUGCAUUGAUUCGUAUACAACAUUCAUCAGAACCUGCCCCGACCGCACUUGAUUCCGGAGAAGAGCAAGCUGCUGAAGCUGACCGAACAGAAACCGUCUCCGUUGAAGGUGGUGCUGCCCCCGGAGGGCGUCCAAGACCUCGUCGAAGCGCUUUCGCCGCGGUCGGCUUGCCGCAGCCCCAAGGAACCCGAGUUGGUCGAUCCAUGUAUUGAUUUUUAUGUUGGGUUUCACUUAGCUGUUGCUUCCUGUUGUUUUUCGAUGCAAGAGCGUUGCAAGAAGUUUAGCUAUGGAUUAAAAGCCACACCAUAAGUAACUCCAUCACAGCGUCCCCGAAGAGUUUGCUCGGUAGCGGGUUCGUGUUCGCGGAACAACUCGAGCAAGUGGAGGAGAAAACGUUGGGCGAAGAGAAGACCGUUAUCGAGGAGAUUCUGAACAGUAAGGCCACCUCCACCGCCGUGGCAGGAGCGGCAGAGCCAACUACUACACUGGAACAGGUGAAUACCAUGACCAGCGUUGCCAGCGUGGCGACGGCGCUCCCGGGAGGUGCUAGCACGCACGCGAGUAUCAUGGGUGCCACGGGGGCCGCCAUGUUCGGUGGGCUGCCGCAGCCCAAGCUUAUCAAAAGUGAAUAUGUCUGGGUCUGGAAACUUGUGAUGCUGGGUGGCGUCUCAUGAUGAGGCUACAAAUGCUGGCUCAGCAUGACAAGUUUCUGAGCUCCUAGGUAUUGCCUAUUCUGCAUGACAAACUGCGCUUCUGCAUCACAGAAAAGCGGAGCUCUUGGGUAACGUGCAUGACAGAUUUAAGAGUCAUGCCAGACAAGCAUGACAUCCAGACCCAGACAUUUUUACAUUUGAUAAAGCUGUCGGCGGUGCAACCGCUCCUGAUCGAAAAGCCGCCAACCUUCGCCACGAAACCCAAGUUGACCCUGUUCACCUCAAAUCCGCUCACCUGCCUGCCGCAACUGCGAGAAAAAUACCUCGUGCCAGAACUGGAGAAAGGAACGGAAGCCCGGCAAUUGCCGUAUCUGCUUAUGCUUUUUGCUUGUAGCAUUGUUUCCCGUCGUUGUUCUUCUUUUGACGCUGCUUCAUCGCGAUCGACGUUCUAGCGGAGGAAGAUCAACAAUCAAUGAUUUAUGUUUAUUUCGAAGGUAUCGUCCGUCGAAAUUUAUUGCAAGGAAGAAAAAUGCAACGACAAAAAAGUCUAUAAAACAAAUUUCACAUCCGCAGGUGGCACUGGGCUCCGACGCUUUUGCAGGCGGUGACGAAGCCGAAAGCGCCACUGUCGACCACACUUGACUGGACGAAGACGGUAUUGCCGAAGCCACAGAUUCUGCUGUCGCAACCAGACCCCAUGCCCUUGCAGCCACUCACAUCUGCGGACCAGGAAAUGGCGCAGGGGGAGUAGGUGUUUUCUUGCGGCACAGUAGCUUCAGUUGAAGAAUGAGUGUACUUUGUCACAUGAAAAUCAUGAAUAAAGUGUUCAUAGGAGAUGGAGAAUGUUAAGUAUGGUAGUUUCUUUUCUUUAGUGAUAGUAGUUGUUUCACAGGAUGCUCAAGUUGCUUUCAGAGUUUUACCAUCUGUUUUGUUGAAAACGAAAUAGAAUCAAAGUAUCCGCGCGCAGCAGGGAUCGUUGAUGAAUUUCAGCUGAGGAGACAUGGAAGCGCACAGCGACGAGAAGCUGCAUAUUUUGGUAUUGAGUAAUUGAGUCACGGUGGUGGCCCUUGUAGAGUUGUCUUGAAUGAUUAUUCCAAAGUUUUCAUGUUUCACUUUUAUCUUAUUUGCAAACACAUCGAUCAUUUUCCGCGACGAAUGUAUAAGUACGUGGCUUCACGCUUGCGAUAGUCAACAUACGCUGCAGCAUUGGAGUGCGAGUUGAGUUGCGCUAUCUUGUGCGUGAUACCAUCACCGAUUACGAUACACCCACCUGUACACUAAAAUAGGAUCUGCACAACAGUCAAUAACUGGGGGCAGGAUAAGUUUUACCAAGCAUACGGGAACACCUUGAAGAAAAGAAACCAGAUUCCUUUUUAUCCGGUGUAAAAUUGCAGACUCUAUGUCUUCUCGUCCAU